CAGUGACAAGAGAGCGUUUCACCCCUCGAGAAAACAAAUGUUAGUCAACGCAAUUUUUUGUCCGUGCUUGGUUGUUGGAACAGACGCGAUGGAGAGCGACUGUACGGACUGACGAGGCUUUUACGUACAUUUACUGAGCGUACAAUAAUUUACAGAGGAUACGCGGGUGUCUUUGGAUCUUAAUGGCAAGUUAGCCAACCUGUUUCGUGUGCCAUGAGGGAGUGAACCUUCCCAGGAGGUGCCAUGCUAGCCACACAGAUGCCAGACACACCACCCGAGGCUAAAGAUGUUAAACAGAUUAAAGAGAAGUUGGCACAGUCGCUCAAAGCCCUGCAGAAGCGAUACGUAACGUCAGACGCAGUGGUCACCAGUGAAGACGGUGAUGCUAACCUCCUCUGCUGUGCCCUGGAGGCCAUAUUCAUUCACGGUAUCAAGAGCAAGUACGUCCGCUCUGAGGCUGGGGGGCGAGGAAGGAAGGGAGACAGAGGACCUCUCCCUCAACCUUUCUUCUGGAGCCUCCUCAAAACCGUCACUCACCGUGAUGUAAUCACAGAGCUGGAGAAGAUCAGCUUCGUGGGCACGGACGUGGGUCGCUGCCGAGCAUGGCUACGGCUGGCCCUCAACCACGGCCUGCUGGAGUGCUACCUUGCAUCGCUGUUUCGGGAGGACUCCAAGUUGCGUGCCCACUAUCAGCCCAGUGCCUUGCUUCUGAACACUGAGGAGCGGGAAGUUCUGCUGAGCUACCUUCAGGGUCUGGCGUCACUAACAUUCAGCCUUUCUUACAAGUCAGCUGUCCUCAACGAAUGGACCACCACGCCGCUGGCUCUCGCUGGACUCUGCCCCUUGCUCCAAGCAGAUGCACUCGACCUGCCCCUCAAUGGCGGAGAUCCUCCCACCUCUAAGGCCAUGCGUAAAGAAUCGUGGGACACAGUGUCUCAGUCGUCAGGCUCAUCAGAUGCACUGGAUGUGCAGAGAGGGUGCCCAGUGGGGCUGUUGGGGAGAGGGUCAAAUGCGUUACAAGGGGGCAGGACUGCACUCAACUCAUCUAAUUUGAGCCUGGACACCACAGGCUCCUCUCAGCUCUCCUCCAGCUUGAGCUCCGACAGCCUCCUGCAGGGGCAGGACCCCCGCAGCCCGACAGGAGAGCAGUGGUCUUCAUGUGACCUGGACAUGCCCAUUAACGUCAACAUCGGCACCAAGAGGCUACAGAAAGAUUCUCUGGCUGAGUUUCGGGAGAGCGGCCACUGCAGUCAGGACUCCAUGCGUGAAGACUCCUUCGUGUCCAGCACUGGUCCAGAUCAAUACUCUGAGACGGCCAUUUUCAGUAGCUCUGACAACGACACUCAGGGUCCCCCUACACCAUCCCAAGACCAACCCCCUAACUCUGUGCUAUCUGAUUCAGAGCCACCAUCAACACUCCUUGAGAUGCCGUCAUCUGACGAGAACCAUGUUAACUACGCUCACUCUGAAGGCUGCAUUAGUGCCUCUUCUGGGUCACACUUGGACGCAGAGAUGCUCUCGACAGUCAGCGAGCCUGUGGAGCCUGUGGAGGAAAUACAUGUGGCGGGUGUUCAGGAGAGUACUGAGCCUGUCCAGGAAGAGAAAGAGGCAGAGACCUCAGAGAAGAGUGCCUCGGAGCCAUCAGUACAAGGCCCACGCCGCUCGACCAGCAUCCUGAGCAGGAAGUUGUCUUCAGAUUCUCUGUCACAUUCUCGUUCCUGGAUCUCUGAGGACGACAUCUACAAGCCCCAUCUGGACGAGGUGUCAGACCAAGAUGAGGUGCCUCCUUCUGCUCCUGCUGCUGAGCCCAAGGUCUCUCAGUCACCUCCCAGCGUCGUCCAUCGAAGACAAAUAGGGCUGUCCAACCCGUUUCGGGGCUUGCUGAAGCUCGGCCAUCUAGAGCGACGAGGUGCGAUGGGCUUGUGGCGGGACUAUUACUGCGAGCUGUCACCCUUUGAGUUCCGCCUGUAUCUCAAUGCAGAGGAGCGGACAUGUUACGACAACUGCUACCUGAUGCGAUGCGAGGACGCUCGCAUCACCUCGUCUGAGGGCCGCUUCGAGCUGGCCUUCCCCGGGAAGCGACUGUACCUCCGGGCAGCCAAUGGAGACGAGGCCGAGGACUGGGUGGACCGGAUAGUGGAGGCUGUCAACAAAUGCCGGCCAGCAUCUCGUGUUGACGAGCAGUGGGAGGUGCUGCAACCCCCCAGUGAGAACGGUGUGGGUGUGCCGUCCCCGUCCUCCUCCCCCUCCAGCCCUGAGCGAGGUUUAUCAUCCCCUGAGUCGGGGACAUGUGGAGGCCAGAAUGCACCUCCUCCCGUGCAGGAAUUCGACUGGACUCGGACGGCUGAUUUGGAAACAGAUGCCAUCAAAGAAGCUGUUUUGUACUUCUCCACAGAUCCCGAGGCUCGGACCUGGGUUCCCCUGGUCUUCUCCUUGUCCUUGGAGGCCAUGAAAGGAUUUCGGGUGCAAGAGGGACGGAAGUUGCUGCGGCAAACCCACCCUAUUGAGGAAAUUCGAGAUGUGGUGCCAGACGUCUCUCUGGGGGGACCAGCCUUUUUCAAGCUCCUGACCGUCAGGGAGACACUUAGACUUAGGGCAGAGAACGCAGAGGAGGCUCGCUCUUGGAGGGUUUUGAUCCGUGGAGCUCUGGAUUCCUACCUUGAGAGCGGGGAGGAUGGGGGCUCUAGGGAGCCUGCUGUGGUACACCUGGGGGUGACUGGGAAUCUCCACAGACUGGUGCAGCACCGGCUAAAAGAAGAUGGAGCGCUUCUAGCUCACCUGUGCGCUGUGGCCUCGGAGAAGGGGCUGGACGCUCAGAGCUUCAAAUGCGCAGGGUGUCCUCAGCAGAUUGGCCCGUCCCUGGGCAGAGCCAGGCUGUGUGAGUUCUCAGGCCAGUACUACUGUGACUCCUGUCACCACGGUGACACCACCAUCAUCCCUGCACGCAUGGUGCACAACUGGGACCUCACACAUAGAGCGGUGUCUAAGAAGGCCCUGCGGCUGCUGGCUCAGGUAGAACAGGAGCCACUGCUGAACCUGGAGCAGUUGAACCCUGAGCUGGUGAUGCAUGCCGAUGCCAUGGCUCAGGCCCACAACCUGCGGCAGAGGCUGCGCCUGCUGGGCGACUACCUGCUCACCUGCCGCAGCGGAGCCUGCAAGAAACUCCAAGCAAGAAUGGAGCAACGGACAUACCUGCUGGAGUCGAGCCAUCUCUACAGUGUCAUGGACCUCCGACAGAUAGCAGAGGGCGAAUAUACAACCUACCUGAUGAUGCUGUUGCAGUAUGCCUCCAACCACGUGUUCCACUGCGACCUGUGCACUCAGCGUGGAUUCAUUUGUCAGAUCUGCCACGCCGAUGACAUCAUCUUCCCCUUCCAGUUCGACAGCACCACCAGGUGUAAAGAUUGUAAGACUGUGUUUCACCUGACCUGCAAGGCUCCUGAGGGCUCGUGUCCACGUUGCCAGCGAAUGAUGAAAUACCUGGAGAGGGAUCUGCAGGACUGAGCGCAGCCUGUCUUUCAGGAUGAUAGAAGACCGCUGAUGAAGAGAAAAAAAUAAUGAAAACAAAAUCUAGCUUUUACGUGAAAUAACCUCAAGUGCAAUUAUGAGUGCGAUCUGCCUGCCCUGACUGACCUUAAUACUGAAGAAGGGGUGAGAGCCACAGUGCUGCAGUAGCUUGACUCACUUGCACUAAUACAGAGGCGCGUUGAGCCUCCUGAAGCUGACGUAAUGCAGCCGUAACUGACCAGUGACUUUAAUACCUCUCUCAACUCUGAUUCAGCCACGGUGUCAAACAAAGGACGGGACAAGGGUGAAGGUUGCUGCCAAGACAUUUUUACAUUACAUUGUUUGUCUUAUAGCUAGUCCACACGUGCACGGGUAUGUUUAAAAAUGGGAUUUGUUCCGUAUUUGUGCUCAAAGAAAAUCUCAUCCACACAAACUCCUCAUUUAUAUGCAAAUGCAAAAAAAACAAGUGAAGUGCUGUCAAGAGCAUGCAUGCCAAACCAGCAGGCAGCGACAUAAUCUUAAUCCUAACGCUAUGUUGGCCAAUCAGAAGCCUGAAAAAAGUUAUUACCGGUAGGCAACCAGAGGUCCGAUCCUGCUAUGGCGUGACAAAACAUUACAAACCAAAAACUUAAGUCUCCCUUAAUUCUCUACACGUCAACACCACAAACAGUCUCUGAGUUUUCGAAAAGCUCCGACUUCAGUGACCUGAAACCUGAAACUGCAUUUGUGUGUGGACGAAAGGCCAAAACGCAGAGAAACAGCUUCGUCUGGAAAAUACCUGUGUUCUUGUAGACAAGGUGUUACUGGGUCGAGCACAACGCUCCUAUCCAUCAUGUUUACCAGAAGUGCUCUGUAGUACGUUCUGCGUUUGUCUCAGACGCGCGUAUGUAAUCAUAACACAGCAGUAAGGUUGGGUACUGAACUAUCAAAAACAGCACUUGAAAUGUUCUUAUUAACAGAUUUUGAUUGUGCCUUCUUUUUAAGUUAAGCUUUACACAGUUUUUUCCUCUUGGUGUGUCUUCGAUUCAGGGCCAACAGCAUCGCUUAGGCCGUUUGUUGUUAAGUUCCCAUGAGAUGAAAUCACAUUGCUGCAUUAGCUUAGUAAAAAUCAGUCGCCAAGAAGACUCCGUGGAAUGUUUUUCUCUCAUGUUUCUGAAUCUUACAAGCAGGCAUUGAUGUGUCAACUCCUGGAGAUUUAAAGACUAUAUUCGAUCAGGCAUUUGCAUCCAUACAGUGGCAGAAGUAAAUAAAUCCUAAAUGUGUGGCAGAAAUAUUUUUAAUACGUGUUGGCGGAAAUUACUAGAUUGAAGUGAAAACACAUUUUGCACAUUUGCACGUAGCUCUGACUGUUAAACAGAUAUUUAAACUAGGAUUUCGUUGUAAUAUCGUCCAGCACGAGGAAUCACCCCUAAACUAACAAACAAGCCUGCAGUCUUCACAUGUUCAUUCUUCGCUCAGUUUUAUUUUCACCUCUGGAAUAUUUGACUCAGAUGUAGAGUUGAGCUCGCAGAAAUAACAUAUAACUAGUUUGUUUUUUUUUUUGCAGAAUCUGCAGAGAAUAAAAACAUUAAAGGUUUAUUGAUCAAAUCCAUUUUCAGAUACGCAGAUGUAUCACUUGCAAAUGGCAAGUACAGAAUACUGCAGUACUGUUAUUCUGUUUUUUAUUCUGUACUGUUUUUUUUUAUUGUCAUCUCAGUUAUAAUGUAUGAUGUAUAAAUGACCAUUCUGAAAUAAAUGUGAGUGUGUAACGUU